CAAGGUCUCGUUAGCAGAUUAAAAUGUCCAAGACCAAGGCCAAGGCCAAGGCUCAAAAGGGCGCCGACAAGGCUGCCGACAAGACACUCACCAAGGUCAAGGAUGGUGGAAUUACCAAGCCGUCGCAGACUCCUAAGGCCAAGAGCAAGGAAAUCGCUCGGAAGCUUAUCGCCAACGAAGAGAAAGCUGCUAGCAAGAACAGGAAGAAGAAGGGGCCGACUCCUAGCAGCUCCGAAUCUGAAUCGGACAGCGACGAGGAGAUGGCCAGCGUGA